UGAGGUAACAAUCACCAUACCCCUCACUCACCGCACUCAUUAAUCCAGAAUGCCUCAUCUUCCAGACGAAAUUCUCCUACAAAUCGCCGGCCAUGUCGAGCACCAGAAAGACCAUCUCUGCUUUAUUAUCGCGUGCCGUCGCUUCUAUGAUGUACUACUACCAACCCUCUAUACCGAUGUCAAGCUCUUGAACCGACAGCGGCCGUGGGCUGUCAACGACACCGCCCAAGUGCGUUCUUUCCUCCGCGCUGUUUUCCGAAACCCCGCAUUAGCCCAGAAUGUGCGUUCGUUACGGCUGGUCCACCCGUGGGCCGACUUGAUUUCAGAACUGGGCUCGGAUAACGACUACUUUGAUGAUUUUGACAAGGCGAUCGUAGAUGGAAACACCAGCGAAUAUAGUGUGGAGGAUAUGGAUGACGCCAUGAACCAGGUCCUUUCGACGUCUUACAUUGCGGAAGAUCUCGAGGAACAAGAGCUCGGAGAGGACCAGGCGAUGGUGGACGAACUGAUGGGCGGGGCAGGCAUCGAGUCGGACCUUGAGAGGAGGGCAUGGGAGCUUUGUCUCGAGUACGGAUUCGCGGAUGUUUGGGUCGCGAUGCUGUUGCCGCGGUUGAAUAACAUCCGGAAGUUGAGUCUGCGGUUACCAGAUGGCGGGGUCUGUGUCGUGCAGACGUUGAAAAGAGCAGCAAGGCAACCGAGCUCGGUGUUUCCGUAUUUGAGUGACGUGUUUGUGGAGGAUUGCUCUGCAUUGGGCUGUACAGAGGCGUAUAGAUGGAACAGCUUUUUCGCAUUCCCGUCCAUGCGAAGGAUGCAUGGAGUUCAGGUAGCCGAACUGGAAUCACCACAGGCACCGACAGCUUCAUCUUCAGCUACGGAAAUCGAUCUUUACCAAUGUGGUGGUGGUCAGGGAAUGAAAGACUGGGUUGGACGGUGCAAGGCGCUGAAAUCAUUCAGAAUGAUUAGCGGCAAUCUCGAUCUCACAGAAGUCCGAUUUGACCCCAAUGCCUAUUGUCGGUCUCUCACGCCUCAUAAGGAAACGCUGGAGUUCCUCUGGCUGGAUUGUGGCUCUGCAGGCGGAGAGGGCGAUUCUGUGGAACUUACUGAGUCCUUUGCUACUUUCACUGCCCUCAGACAUCUUCAUCUGCGAUUGGAAAAUAUGUUCAAACGAAUGAGCAACUUGUUUCCACCGUCCCUUGAAGCAUUAUUUCUCCGUGAAGGAAACCAAGGGGAAACAGGAGGUAUCCACCACCUGACAGACAUGAUCCGCUCGCGGUCUAUGCCCAGACUGUCCCGAGUUGAUCUUGAGAUGGGCAUGGACAACAACCACGAGGUCAUGGCAGUAUUGCAGGAUCUACAAGUAGCAUGCAGCAACGCCGGUGUUUCUUGUGUGCUUUGGGAACGGAACAGUAAUGAGGCGCAGGAUUAUGCAAAUUCGACCUGGAAUUCUUUACAUGGUCGUGAUUGUACUUUGACUAACUCGACUGAUGAUCUAAGAAAUUGAUGGAAUUUAGUGUGGGAGCAUACUAGUAUGAAGAAUAUCAACCCCGCACAGAGUAAUGUGAAUAUCCUUUCACUAUCUAUACAUCAAAUCUGUUGCCGUCAGAAAUGCCUUACGUGUCUCACGGUCUCACGUUCAAUGCCCCCUUGCUGGUGAUGCUUUAGAACACCGAUCAUUGCUCGAUUUAUGCAGACCUGCUGUACUUCCAUCCUCAAUUUGUUAUAUUGUCGGUCAGUCCGGUUAUUGGUGCGUUCGGGUCUGUUCGGUGAUAUGAGGUAUUACAAAAGUAAAGGUAUUCUAUAAAGUGCAUUAUCUUUGUGCUCGACCUAGAUAAAACGAAAACUACAACCUCACAGCUUGUUUGAUACCAAGCUUCUGCUCUAUAUCCUUGUAUAAAACACGCUCAAGGACCUCCAAUGGCUUCACCACUUCCGGAUGCUCAACUGGCC